AUUAGAUCCAGGAGCCUGGGUCUUGCAAUUUUGUCACAUGGUGGCGGCCAUGCAAAGAGCUUGCGUGGCGCUGUCAUUCGCGGCAGUCUUGUGGCAGGCAACACAUGCAGUGGCAGAAGAUGAGGGUGUCGGAGAUGAACAGAUCUUAGAGGAGAACAGAUUGCGUGAUGAUGUGACGGAAACAGCUUCUGGAUUGCAGUAUGAGGUUGUCAAGAGUGGUGCAGCAGAUGGUCCCAACCCUGAACCUCAGUCAAAGUGCGUGCUACACUAUCGUGGCACCUUGCUGAACGGAACUGAGUUCGACAGCUCCUACAAGCGUGGCUCACCGGCAACUUUCAAACCAGCCUCUUUGAUGCCAGGGUUCCAAGAGGCCUUGCUGAUGAUGAGGCCAGGCGACACUUGGAAGAUCUGGAUCCCCAGCAAGAUUGGAUAUGGAUCCAAAGGCGCUGGCGGUGCGAUCCCUCCAGAUUCCGGUCUGUUCUUCGAGUUGGAACUGUUGGAGGUGAGUCCUCCAGCCGAAGGUCUUGCGUGGCUGUGGGAGCAAGCCAUGGCAAACCCCAUGCCGCUGGCUUUGUUGGGCCUCUUUGCUUUCCAGAUGGUGCAGCAGUGGUUCUCCAAGGGCAGCACUGCCGACAUGAAAGAGCUGAAGAUAGAUGACCUCAAGUCGGAGGAAAACCCAAAGGUGUUUAUGAACAUCAAGAUUGGAGACGAUGAAGCUGAGAAGGUCGGAAUCGAACUUUUCGCGAAAAGCUAUCCCAAGACUGCAGAGAAUUUUCGUGCACUUUGCACUGGAGAGAAGGGCACUGGCAAGUCCGGAAAGGCUUUGACCUUCAAAGGCAGCACCUUCCACCGGAUCAUCCCCGGAUUUAUGUGCCAGGGAGGGGACUUCACCCGUGGCAAUGGCACUGGCGGCGAGUCAAUCUAUGGCGAAAAGUUUGAGGAUGAAUGGACCAAUGGUUACAUCACGCACGACAAAGCUGGGCUGCUCUCUAUGGCCAAUGCUGGCAAGGACACCAACGGAUCACAAUUCUUCAUCACAUUGGCGGCCUGCUCUCACCUUGAUGGGAAGCACGUCAUUUUUGGUCAUGUGAUCGAGGGGAUGGAUGUUGUGAAGAAGAUGGGUGAUGUAGGUACCAGUGGUGGCGAUCCCAAGAAGAAGGUGGUGGUUGAGGAUUGUGGCGAAACCAAGAGCAAGUCCACCUAGUCCUGAACUCCUGAGCCGCUGGCCGUUGGCGUCGUAGAUAUGUGGUACCCUGGCCUGACCUGGCUGGGGAACUCUGCGAGUCCAUUGGAAGUACUCCAAGACCGCUGAGACACAGACCCCAAGGCACAUUGGUGCGUUGGUUGAAGAA